GAAAAGAAAUUACAUGUUUGUAGAGCAAUUUUAGCUGCAAGAUCCGAAGUAUUUGAUAAGUUACUUUAUAAUGGAAUGAAGGAAACUUAUGAAAAUCAAAUUUCUUUUCCAAAAAUUAAUUCUGCUGGAAUGGAGAUUAUAUUAGAAUAUAUUUAUACUGGAUCAGUUAAAAAAGAAUCUUUAACAAAAGAUAAUUUAAUUGAAGCUUUUUUUGCUGCACAUUAUUUUCAGUUAUCAGACCUUCAGGAUUUUAUUAUAAAAACAAUCAAGAGCACUAAUUUCGUAAAAGAUUAUUCUCCAGAGUUACUAACUAAAUUACCAACUUUAGAACAAAUUGAAAAUUCAAUUGAAGUAGAAAAUAAACUUCUUAUUGAUCAUCAAAAAGUUACUAAAGAACUAGAACCUUUGGUUCUAACCUUACAUUUCAUGUCUCAAGUGUCUAGGUUAUAUCCUUCGUGGUCUGCCCAUGGUUUUAACCCAUGUCCGUGA